ACCAUGUCCAGUAGUUCGCCGGUGAUCGUGUGGAACGGUGCUCAGUAUACGGCCAGCAGCAAAGAGCUCGAGCAGCUUCGUCGCGACUACGGCCUGGAUGCACGCAUGCUGGAGGCGACCCUUGUGCCGCGCUACAAACGCCACAAGCCGGAGGCCAGUGCACGCAACGAGCACGUGAAUCCCAUCUCCAGCUCCAGUUCCGAUUGGAUACUGCGCCAGGAUAAGGACAAGACCGUCAGCCAGGUCAACUUCCAUCCCUGGCCGGGCACCCACUUCGAUCUGGUGCCGUGGCGACGCACCCGCUCCGCCUUGGACCUCACCUCGGUGGCCGACUACAACCACAGCCUGCUGGUGGAUGCCAAGUCGCUGCGCGGCCUAGAGAAGCUCGAGUUGCGGCAGCAAAGGCGCCGCCUGCAGCGUGCCCACUCCACACAGCAAGGCCUGAGGCGCCUCGUGCGCGUGCGCCUCAUCUUCUCCAUCGAGCUGCGCCACAAGCGGAUGGAGGUGCUCCGGAAGAGCUCGCUGCCCGUGCGCGUCUUUGAGCAGCGGUUCGCUCUCAGCGAGAACGAGAGCGCCGCCUACGAGCGGGUGCUGCUGGAUGCCAAUGCGGGCGUGGAGCAGCAUGUGGGCUACUUCAGCAGAAGGCCACAGCAGCCGGCGCAGGAUGAGCAGCUUGUGGUGGACUUUGCCAGCGAAACAGAGGCCGAAACGGAGGAUAAAGCGGAACCCGAUGGGGCUCUCUAUGCCACAAUAGCCACUCCAGGAGCCAAGAGAGAAACUUCCACUGGGACUGUCACUGCAUUUGCCACUAUUACUCCUCCUGUUGCUGCCACGGCCAAUGUUACUCCUGCAUCGGGUCAGGUGCCAUGCGUCAAGUGUCGCCACAUUGCCAUCAAAUUAAGAACCAUAAACGACUAUGCUCUAAGCUCGAAUCUGCACUUGAAGCACAGCAACAGCAACGGCAACGGCAACGGCAACGGUAACAACCACAACAGCCACAAGCUGAACAACUUGCACAGCAACAACAAAGUCAUUGGCAACGGCAACGGCAACAGAAUGAUGCACGCCCACCAGCUGGACUCGUAUCUGGGCGGAGGACCACUCCAGAUGAUGAACAUGAGCCAACUGCACCAUCCGGGGAAUGUUUCGGCAAGCGAAAGGCCCAACGGAGGGGCACUGGCACUGCACUAUGCAGCGGCGCGUGGCUGCCUCGAUUGUGUGCAACUGCUGGUGGCAGCAUCUGUAGAUAUUUGCGCCAAUACGCAAAUGGACAAUGAUGUCACGCCCGUCUAUUUGGCAGCACAGGAGGGCCACUUGGAGGUGCUCAAGUUUCUGGUGCUUGAAGCCGGCGGCUCACUUUAUGUUCGUGCACGCGACGGCAUGGCACCGAUCCAUGCCGCUUCACAAAUGGGCUGCUUGGAUUGCCUCAAAUGGAUGGUUCAAGACCAAGGCGUCGAUCCAAAUCUGCGGGAUGGCGAUGGUGCCACACCACUGCAUUUUGCCGCCUCACGGGGUCAUCUAUCCGUGGUGCGUUGGCUGCUCAAUCACGGUGCCAAGUUGUCGCUGGACAAGUAUGGCAAGUCGCCCAUUAACGAUGCCGCCGAGAACCAGCAGGUUGAGUGCCUGAAUGUGCUGGUCCAGCAUGGUACGUCUGUGGACUACAACAGCAAGAACAGCGUGCAGCGACAUAAAGCGCAGCAGCAGCAGCAGCAACAGCAGCAACAUCAGCAGCAGCAGCAGCAGCAACAUUUGAGCAGCAGCUGCAACUCAAACUCAAACUCCUCGAAGCAAACGAGUCGCAGCAACACCAUCAAGUCCAAGUCUUCGUCCACACUGAGCUCCGAUGUGGAGCCGUUCUAUUUGCAUCCGCCAGCAGUGACUGCAGGCGCUGGAGGAGGAUCAGCCAUGGGCCUGGGCAUGGGCAUGGGCAUGGGCAUGGGCAUGGGCAUGAGCAUGGGCAUGGGCAUUGGUAUGGGAAUCUCGCGAAAGAACAGCGAUGCCUUGUACUCGCAGCAGUCGCGCAGCUCCUCGGAGAAGCUGUACAAUGGCAGCUCCUCCAUGGGAGGAGGCAAUGGUGGUGGAGGAAGCAGCUCCACGGGAGGUGGCGGUGGCGGCGGCGGCGGAGGAGCAUUGCUGCCCAACGAUGGGCUCUAUGUGAAUCCCAUGAGGAACGGCGGCAUGUAUGCCACGCCCUCGCCCAACGGCAGCAUCUCGGGUGAGUCGUUCUUCCUGCACGAUCCGCAGGACAUCAUCUACAACCGGGUGCGGGAUCUGUUCGUAGACUCGGACUGCAGCAGCGUGAAGCAGCACAACAGCAACAACAACAGGGACAGCCACAGUCACAAUCACAGUCAUCACAGCAGCAGCAGCCACCAUCAUCAGCAGCAGAUAAUGCAGUCGAAGGCUGGCAAUGCAAUGACCAUCCAGGCGGAUGUCCAUUCCAGCUCGAGCGGCGCUGGCAGCGGCUCCGACGAGUCCGUCUCCAUCUCGUCCAGCUUCAAUUCGCCCAAGAGCAGCAGCCACCAUCAUCAGCAGAUGCGCAGCCAAAGCUUCAAUCGGCAUGGCAGCAGCAGCAACAGCCACAGCAACAUCAGCAACGGCAAUGGCAACAUUGGCAACAGCAACAGCAGCGGCGGGAAGAACAACAACAACGGCAACCAUAACUACAAACAGCACAAGAGCAUGCCCAGCAAUGGCAAUCAGAAUGGUGGCGGGGAUCACGACUACGAGGAUAUUUAUCUGGUGCGUGAGGAGUCGCGCAAGCAGCACCAACAUCAGCAGCAACACCAGAUACAGCUGCAGCAACAUCAGCAACAGCUGCAGCAACAUCAGCUGCAGCAGCAGCAACAGCAACAUCAGCUGCAGCAGCAGCAACAGCAACAGCAGCAGCAGCAGCAGCAACAUCAGCAACAACAGCAACAUAAAUACAAUGUAGGACGUUCUCGAUCCCGGGACAGUGGCUCCCACUCACGUUCGGCCAGCGCCAGUUCCACACGCAGCACAGACAUUGUCCUGCAGUACAGCAAUCAUCAUUUGAACAACAAGCGCAAUAACAGCAUUUCCAGCAGCAACAAUAAUGGCAAUAACCACAUCAGCAGUACUAACAACAACAACAGUCUGCUCAAUCGUAACAAAUCCCAUUCAAUCAUCGGUUUGCACAGCAGCAAAUACGAUUCCUCGCUGAAGGACAACUACAGCUCAAAGAAUGUGAACCUCAAGAAUCAGCUGCUCAAUGGUGGCAUCAAGAGCGACACCUACGAGAGCGUCUGUCCGCCCGAGGAUGUGGCCGAACGCACCAAGCAGACGCACAAGAACUCCAUGAUACGCAACAAUCUGGUGGAUGCCUCCAUGCCACAGUUGCUCGGCAGCAGCAGUCCCAAUAUUGCACAGAAUGUCAACGGCAGCGGCAGCAGCCAUCAGAACAACAGCAACAACAAUCUGGGCAGCAGAAACCUGAAGCGGGUAUCCUCGGCGCCACCCAUGCAGAACGUGGCUUUGGUGAACGGACCACCACCACCGCCACUGCCACCGCCGCUGCGCGCUCCAGCCCAGCAGCAGCGCAACAACUUGAACGACCAACCGAGCAACGGCAGCAACAACAACAUCUACAAGAAGAAUGUGUUUGGAGCGAAUGCAGUGUCUAGUGGUGCAGUGCCAGCUGCUGCUCCCAUUGUGGCCAACGAUGCCGUUGACUCCGAUUCUGGCCUGGAGGUGAUCGAGGAGCCAAGUCUGCGACCAUCAGAGCUGGUGCGGGGCAAUCACAAUCGGACCAUGUCCACCAUAUCAGCGAACAAGAAAGCCAAGCUGCUCAAUGGUAACGCCAAUCCUCCAGUCAACAAUUCAGCAGCAGCAGCAGCACAGCCGAAUGGAGAGGACAACGGUGGCGGAGGAGCAGGAGAAUCGCGUAAUCCGAAUGGCAGCAUCUAUGGCUAUGCUGAGGCACCCAAGUCCCAGAGGGGCGGCAACUAUCAGCAGACGACAUCGCCCCAUUACCCGCAGCAGUCGCAGCAGCAGCAGCAGCAGCAUCCGAAUCAUCAUCAUCAGUAUGCGCCGAGCCUUUAUGGGGGUGGAUCCUCGGCGGAGGAUCAUUACGAGCUCACCCAGCAGCAGGCGCAGUAUGCGGGCAUUUAUGGUGAGGCUGGGAGCGUGGCAAACGGAUCGGUGAGCGGUCGCACGGGCGGACCCAAUCUGGUCAAUAAGCAGCUGGUGCUGCCGUUUGUGCCCCCCAGUUUUCCCAAUAAAUCACAGGACGGCAUCACGCACCUCAUCAAGCCGUCCGAGUAUCUGAAGAGCAUCAGCGAUAAGCGUUCGUGUCCAUCCUCGGCCCGCUCCACGGAUACGGAGGACUACAUGCAGAUACAGAUUGCCAACCAGCAGCAGCAGCACCAGCAGCAGAUACAUCCCCAGCAGCAGCAGCAGCAGCAGCAUCAUCAUCAUCAUCCACAUCCACAUCAUAAUCAUCAUGGAAUUGGGGAGCAGCCACCGUUGCCGCCGCCGCCACCGCCCUUGCCGCACAAUGUGCCGCUGCCGCCCAUGAUGAUGCCUGGGAUGAUGAAUGGCAACGGCAAUGACUCCACCAUGGCCAGCAAGUCGCACAAGACCAAGAAGCCGCACGGUGCCGCGCCCAAUAGUCAGGACACUGCCACACGGAAGCAGCACCAGCCGCUCUCGGCCAUUUCCAUACAGGAUCUGAAUAGCGUUCAGCUGCGACGCACGGACACGCAGAAGGUGCCGAAGCCGUACCAGAUGCCAGCGCGUAGCCUGAGCAUGCAGUGCCUCACAUCCAGCACGGAUACGUAUCUGAAAUCGGAUCUGAUUGCCGAGCUGAAGAUCUCCAAGGACAUACCGGGCAUCAAGAAGAUGAAGGUCGAACAGCAGAUGGCCAACCGCAUGGACUCCGAGCACUAUGUGGAGAUAACCAAGCAGUUUACGGCCAACAACUAUGUGGAUCAGAUCUACUUGCAGAUACCGGAAAAGGAUCAGGCCGGCAAUGCCAUACCCGACUGGAAGCGUCAAAUGAUGGCCAAGAAGGCGGCCGAGCGGGCCAAGAAGGACUUUGAGGAGCGCAUGGCCCAGGAGGCCGAAUCGCGUCGCCUCUCGCAGAUACCGCAGUGGAAGCGCGAUCUAUUGGCUCGCCGCGAGGAGACCGAGAACAAGCUGAAAGCGGCCAUCUACACGCCCAAGGUGGAGGAGAACAACCGCAUUGCGGACACCUGGCGGCUGAAGAACCGCGCCAUGUCCAUAGACAACAUCAACAUCAAUCUAGCCGGCAUGGAGCAGCACUAUCAGCAGAUCCAGUUCCAGCAGCUACCACAGCAGCAUCCCCAGCAGGGUGGCAACAAGGAGAACCACAGCCACAGCCCAGACUCCAACCCAGAGCCGGAACAGGCCGCCGCUGCCGCUGCCGCUGCCGCAACCGCAGCCGCCGCCCUGGAGCCAACCGUGGACCAGCCCCUAGACCGGGAGGCCCACGAGCAGCAGCAGCAACAGAAGCAGGAGGAGGAGGACAACAUCAUACCCUGGCGUGCCCAGCUACGAAAGACCAACAGUCGCCUCAGCCUCAUCUGAUUUGAUUAUGAUUAUGAUUAUGAUUACGAUUUUGAUUCUGAUUCCCCCCAUGGGUCUUAUAAGUGGUGCAUUUUGUUGAAUUGUGUUUUUUUUUUUUGUUUUUUUUCCUAACUUAAAAACUGUGCAAUUACGAUAUGAAAUGAUAAUUAAACCUACUAUAUUAUAAUAUUAUACUAGCUUAAGACUAGGCAUUGUUUUAUCAACCAACUGCAGAUCCAAGGCAAGCUUAAACCCAAAAAAAAAAAAA